AUGACACUCGCCGACGACCACGCCUACCGACCCGACACAUCCAUAGUUGACUUACCCGUCACCCCCAAUGAGCUCUCCAGCCUGGUGUCCGGAAAGAUCACUCAACCCGUCAUUGACUACCUUGUCGACCAAGUUUGCGAAGCUGUCAACUUUGGUCUUGGACGAACUUCAUCCAACGCUUCAGCAGUGGCCAAGCACUCUCGCCGGAGACGGUCCGACAAAACGGAUUCCGAUCGUACCGCCUUUGCUAGUUUUGUUGCCACCGUGCUUCGUCGUGCAGAGGUCACCCUUUCCGCUGUAAUCGGUGCCCUCGUCUACAUUGCACGAGCACGUCCCCACCUCUCUAUCGCCAUCGAAGAAUGGGCUCAGCAUCGUGUCCUUCUUGGCGCUCUCAUCACCGCAUCCAAGUACCUUAACGAUGCUUCACUCAAGAAUGCGCACUGGGCGCUUUGCACCGGUGUUUUCGGCCGUCGCGACAUUCAGCGUAUUGAGCGCGAGUUUCUCGAAGUCCUCGACUGGGAACUUGGUAUCACCGAGGCGGAUCUU